AGUUAGAUUUAAUGUUAUGUUUAUUGUCUCAUAUGUAAAUCAAUAAAAAUAAUAAGUUUGGGUUUCCUGUGGGUAUCCCAAGAUUCAUUGAAGCGCGCGGCCUUUAAAGUGAGUGGGACGCUUGGACAUCAUAGCCUGGACACUUGAUGCUCAUUUUUGGCGUUGUUGACUAUAUUCAGGAUGUCUAAUAAGGCUGCUUGGAAGAAGUUCGAGUCUUCCAUGAAGGAAAAAAGAACAGGGAACCGUGGAAAAGACGUCGUAAAAAACGAGAGAUUAACGGUACAACGCUUAAGUGCCGAAGUUUCAGGGGCAGCACAGAAGUAUUCGCGGAUGGGACCCCGCGAAUUCGUCCCGUAUGAAUUCGAAGAGUUGACCCUUGAAAACGUCAAAGAAGCAUGCUUACAGCAUUUUGGAAGCGUGAUGGAAGAAGAAAUGGAGGCGAUGGAAUGCGACGUUGUUGCGGGCGAACAAGGACCUUCUUGCACUUCAAUAGAUCAAUUGCCGCAUCCAACCAAGGUCAUCCACGUGCGAUUCAUAGAAGCUUCACUUGCGGGAGAAAAGCUUACAAAAAAACGAAAAGAUAAAAAACACACAAAAAAAACCUUACCAGUUUCACCUGUAGCUAAACGAGUGAAAGUCGUGGGGUCUCAAGAACAAGGCUCAAGCCAAGUUACGCGAUAUCCAAAGAGUCUAUCGGUGCUUGACAUGUUAAAGCUUGGGAAAGUGAUAGAUGAUAAGUACGAACUAAUUGAACUAGACACCUUUAACCUCACGGAUAUGAAAUGGUGUAACAAGCCAGUUUCUGUGGAAUUUGCCAUUGACAAGAAUCCCCUUGGCACAGGAGCUUUUCGAAUGGCUUUUAAAGCUACGUCAAAAACACCAGGAUUUGAGGGUAAACCCUGGGUGGUGAAGAAGUAUCUUAAGCAAACUAUAGAUACGAUCAAGCAACUGAAACAAGAUGUCGAGCAGCAAACCAGGAAGGUUGUGCAAAUGCACAUGCUUGCCCAGAAUAUGUGCCUGAAGCUAAAACAAGAACUCAACAAGGAAUCCAUUCUAGAUCUGUAUGGCCAAACUCUAAUGUACAACAAGAUCUAUAUGGGAAGGCUAACCAGUGAACUGGGAGAUUGCCAGUGGGUUACAGUGGAAGACUACAUAGAGGGUGAAUUUACGAAGUACAUAAACAAUGAUGGUGAACUCUGUGGGGACAACACAGUUAUUAGGCAGAAGUGUGAAAGUCUAGCUCAUUUUUCUUACGAGAGGUCUUCACGCGAGCUCAUUGUUGUCGAUAUGCAAGGAAGUGGCUACAACCUUUACGAUCCUGAAAUCGCCAGUACUACAUUGGUGAAGGAUGGAGAGGUGCUAUUCACAGCUGGAAAUCUCUCAAAACAAGCCAUCAAUAAUUUUUUAAAUAGCCAUGUGAAGUGCAAUGAUUACUGUGAUUUUCUAGGGUUGAAACAACCAUCCAAAAGCCAAACCAGCUAA